UGUGAUUGGCUGGGAGGGUCGCACUCCUUCUUUGGUCUGCAAGAUCAUAAGUGCAGGAAAACUUGCUUGCCUUGCCUGUCUUUUGAUUUGGGGGCGUUUUUUGCUCGUGACCCUCCAAGAAAAUGGCGGUGAUGGGGGUGCAGCUUGUGGUCUCCCUGCUAGUUGCCAGCAUCAUGCAGAAGAUGGCCCCUCACUGGUCCUUCGCCCGGUGGAUCCUGUGCAACGGAAGCCUGCGCCGGUUCAAACACCCUUCGGAAGAGGAGCUGCUCGCCCUCGCGGGGAAACCGAGGCCGAAGGGGAAGAGGGAGCGGAAGAUCAACGGCGUCACCGAGGAAAAGCCUUCCUCCGUCCCCCGGGAUAUUGACCUUCGCUUGGACAGCAGCCCCAUCACGGCCGUGGACGCUCUGGUGCUGUGCUAUUUCCUGGAAUAUCAGUGGUAUGUGGACUUUGCAGCAUAUGCCACGGGGAUCUACGUCUUCACUGAAGGCUAUUACUGCCUGGUUGACCCCCGGAAGGAAGCCAACAUCGGGAUUCUCUGGUGCUUGCUGGCGGUCAUCUUCUCCGUCAAAAUCUUUUUCACGGUGAUGACGCAUUACUUCCGAUCCAAAGAGGGGGGCGAGCGAUCGGUCUGCCUGGCCUUUGCUUUCUUCUUCCUCCUCGUCGCCAUGCUGGUCCUGGUCGUCCGCGAAGACUACCUUGAAUUUGGCCUCGACGCAGGGCUGAAUAGCGUCCAUGACAACUUGGAGGUCUUCUUGAAGGGGCAAGGUUGGGACUGGACGGUCCCCGUGACCAAGCUGACCGUCAAGCUUUGCCUGGUGGCCUUCUGCUCGUUCCUCGGCGCCUGCCUGACCUUCCCGGGGCUGCGGUUGGCGCAGACUCACCUGGAUGCCCUCAAGAUGGCCGCAGACCAGCCGGCGGUCCAGCUGCUCCUCCACGCCAGCUUCCUUGCGCCCGUGGCUGUCGUGCUGAUGUGGGUCAAGCCCAUUUCCCGGGACCUCCUGCUCAACGCCCCCAUGGGGAAAGAGACCGUCCAAAUCCUUUCCAAUGCUUCCUAUAAUUCGGUGCGCCUCUGGACCAUUGUAGCUCUGUGCCUCCUCCGCCUGGCUGUCGUACGCUACCACCUGCAGGCCUACCUGAACCUUGCUGAGAGAUGGGUGGAGCAGAUGAAGAGGGAGGCCGGGAGGAUUUCCGUCCUGGAGAUCCAGCGGAAGAUCACCAGAAUCUACUGCUACGUCACCGUGGUCAGUUUGCAGUACCUGGCCCCAAUUCUCCUCACCUUGCAUUGCACGUUCCUCCUCAAAACGCUAGGCGACUAUUCCUGGGGGCUGUACCCAGAGUCCGCCCUGACCUCGCCAGCAGUGGAUGCGGUUCGUGCCCCCCAGGCCUCCCCCUCGAACGACGGAGGAACGGAGGACAUCCAGGCAGCGGUGGAGCAGAUCACGGGGGCCCUGGAGGCUUUCAGCACGGUCUUCACCCCACUUUUCUACCGGGGGCUUCUGUCUUUCUUCAUCUGGUGGGUGUCCGCCUGCCAGGUCAUCGCCACCCUCUUCGGCCUGUAUUUCCACCAGCACCUGGCUGCAUCCUAACUGCAAGUUUUCUGUGGGGAGCGCUCCCUGGAUGGGACAAACCAGAAGACCACCCAACCCCUUCGGGGUGUGACUGGCAGGAGAGCAGGCCGUCGCAAUUGGUCAGUUCCUGCUCAGGGUGCUGCCAACUUGGUAUUAUUGCGCAAUGCAGGCAGAGACCUUUUGAGAAAACUCUUCUAGUGCCUGCUGCCAAUUUUGAUGGUCCACAGAGAGUUGGGCGGGACUUCUGCAGGAGGAUUUUGGCUGCCCCACGGCCGGAUCCUGCACACACAGAUCUUUAUGUGUGCUGGGGAGAUUUACAGCUGUGUUGCAGGCUGCUGAUUGGAGAAGUCAGCUGGCUGGGGAAUCUUAACUUUCAUUUAAAAAAACACAAUGGUAUCAAGUUUCUAGACCUUAUGGUGGGUCCCCAAAGGGCUUUAAAGCAUCUGUAUAGCAAGUUUCUAGAUCUCAUGGUUGCAAAAGGGAUUAAAAGUCUUUGUCUGCUUGGCUGCAGCUGAGAACACAAUGCUGGAGUUGAUAGGCCAUUGGUCUGAUCCUGUGUGUGUGUGUUGAAAAAUAAAAUGUACAAAAUUACAAGUACACAGAAUAAGAUAAGACACAAAAGAAAAUGAAACAAGAAAUAGUACCCAUGUAGAGAACAAAACAGAAAAAAGAUAUUGUGUACAUUACAAAAAAAGAGGGAGGGAAUUGUUAUUGUAGUUAACAAGACCGAAACCUUCUACGCCCUACAGUAUUUAUAAGAAUGAAUUCCAAAUAUUGUUAAAUUUGCCCAUGGCAGGUCUACAUUUGUAUACAGCUUGUUCAUGUGUAGCGAGUUUGUCCAUAUAUUCAAUUCUUGCAUUCUUUAAUAUUCCAGUUUCCAGAUCUUGUGGUUGCCAAAACACAAGGCCUUAAAAGCAGUCAAGUUUCUGGAUCUCAUGGUUCCAAAAGAAGCCAACCUAGUUGCGGGAGGCCCCAGCAUCUCCCAGUAGGACUAGGGCUGGCCUGUCUGAAAUUGUGGAAAUCUGUCCUUGAGUUUAGGUUAGAUAGACUCAGUGAUCUGACUCGGUAUAAGAGAGAUUCCGGCAUUCCUGUAUCAAGUUUCUAAACUGCACAGGAAAAG